UAUUUUUUUAGUAUUUGUACCCUUUUAGAGGACACAUUUUUUGGGUACUAAAAGGGACUAAAGAGAGUACAAGUACUACAACAGAAGUGUGUAUAUAGAUAAAUCGGAUCACCAACAGAUGAGUGAAACCAGAGAUUACCCGCCAAGAGGCCGUUAAUCUCUAACCGACUCAAACCCUUGAUUCCCUCACAAACACAAAAAGAAAGCAAAGUGGGAAUUAUGUCAUUCCCAAGAGCCAUAGUGACUCGGCCUCUGCUUCCACUACUCUUCUCUACCACUCUUACUAAACCCUUCAUCAAAACCUCUCGCCCACUCCCUUCAAUGCGUCCCUUCACCGCCUUUGCCUCUCUCCCGGCUUCCCGAGAAGUCGGUGAGCCGUCCACUCCGGCAUUCCCGGCUCCGAAAAGGAGCGGCGAGAGGUGGAAGCCCAUGUGCUUGUACUACACACAAGGGAAGUGCUCCAUGAUGGAGGAUCCUGCCCACAUGGAGAAGUUCAAUCAUGAUUGCUCCAGAGAUCUUCAAGUGAAAAAUUCCAUGUCAAACCUCAUUUGCUCUCAGCACUUGGAUUAUUUUCUUGUGCUUGAUCUGGAGGGAAAAAUUGAAAUUCUUGAGUUUCCAGUUCUAAUCAUUGAUGCAAAAACCAUGAAUGUCGUUGAUUUUUUUCACAGGUUUGUAAGGCCAACGGAGAUGAGCGAGAAAAGGAUAAAUGAAUAUAUUGAAGGAAAGUAUGGCAAAUUUGGAGUCGACCGUGUUUGGCAUGACACAGCUAUACCAUUUAAGGAUGUUCUUCAACAAUUUGAAGAAUGGUUAACUCAGCGUCAACUGUGGAGAGAAGAGGUGGGCGGGUGUCUUAAUCAAGCAGCAUUCGUAACUUGUGGAAACUGGGAUUUGAAAACAAAAGUUCCUGAACAAUGCAAAGUGGCAAAGGUGAAGCUUCCGUCAUAUUUUAUGGAAUGGAUCAAUCUCAAAGAUGUCUAUCUAAAUUUUUACAAGAGAAGGGCCACAGGAAUGAUGACAAUGAUGAAGGAACUUCACAUGCCAUUGUUGGGAAGUCACCAUCUUGGAUUUGAUGACUCAAAGAACAUAGCAAGGGUGUUGCAACACAUGCUUGCUGAUGGUGCAAUACUGCAGAUUACAGCGAGGAGGAAUCAUAAUUCUCCUGAGAAGGUUGAAUUUCUAUUCAAGAACAGAAUAAGGUAGUUGAUUCCGGAUGGAUUUCUUCUAGAACUGUUAGUUGUAACUUGUAAGAUAAAGAAGAGAAAUAUACAAUUCUUCAGUUCAAGGUUCUCUCCCUGGCUAGUUCUUAUUCUACAAUCUCUUGAAGAUCUGAAGGAUUUCUGAGGAUGCCACAUCCUUGCAUUUUUCAGGUAACUGUUGGCACCAAGGCUGUUAGAGCUUCAGUGAAGCAAAUCUGUUGGUGAUAAAAGUCUUCUCUUUAUUUAAUUUUUUUAAUUUUUUUUUUCUGGGUAAUCAUCUCUAGUUACUGGACCAAGGAAUUUGCCCAUAUAUAUAGGGGUUUAAAACUGUGUUUAGGUUUCAUUUCGAUCUUGUCAAAAUAUUACCAAAUAUAUGUGUUCUCCAUGGGCAUCUCAACCUCCCAAUCAAGCGGGGGGACUUGGCUUAGCGUAUCACUGAAGUUCAUUGUGAAUGGUAUGUUUUUCUUUUGAAUGUUGGAAUGAUUAUAAUGAAGAGCAAUGCCUUUUCUUUUCUAUAUUC